GUUCAUCCCAAUUUGCUGGAAUAAAUCAUUCCCACUAAACAUUUACAGCUUCCGAAUAGUUUAUGCGCUUGCUCUUAUAAUCACAGCUGGCUUUAUACAUUCCAAGAUAUAUGAUGACGAUGAUCUUCCCACAUUGUGGUUCUUCUUUUCAGAUAUUGUUUAGUUCCAUUCUAAUGCUACCUCUACAUCUGUUCUUCUUAGUAUGGUUGAACAACAAAAGACUCCAUAUAUGUUCCAAUAAUUGUAACAAAUGAGAAGAAUUCGAUUUUAGUUCCGGGAAAGCCAACAAAAAUCCUUUCUAUUUUCGUUAAAUGAAAAUUUCUCCCCUUUUCUUCACCAUGAUAUUUUUUAGAUUCGUUGUUUUUGAUUUGUUGUUAAUGUUUGACUAUGAUGAAAUUCUUACUGCUCCAAAGCUGACACGCCCCCCCAAAUAUUCUUCGUGGAAAACUUUUCUUUUUCGUUUAUCUUUUGCAAGCAGUUUGAUUACAUCAAUUGCUGAUUGUGAUUCCUACUCCGUAUAUGAUUUCCACUAAGAUAAUAGGAGUAGCAGUUUUUUUUAAUAAUAUAGAUGAAAGUAAUAUAAUAAUAUAACGCUGUAAUAGUAAUACUAUAACACGAAAGAGGGAUAUAUGUAAAAGAAUUAAAGAAGGAAUUGAGGAUUCUUAAAUCGAACGAAUUGUUCUCCUGUUUGUACAAAGGUGAAGGGUUUCCUUCAUUAUUUACUCCCCCGUCGGCGUAGAUCUUGCUGUUUUUUCCGUCGUGGGUUUAGAUUCCUCGGUUGCAUCGUUCCUGCUAGGGAAAUUUGAAGGUCUUAGAGGCUGGUAAAAGAUUGGAAGGGCUCAACACCCAAAUGUGUUCUGCUCAAGGGACUUCAAAACACUGUUGCAGUCUCCUUGCAGUUGUUUGUGAAAGAACCUCUCAAAAUAAUCACCAACAAGAUGAUAAGCAUGCUUAUCCCUUCCCUAAGAUCGUCUCAUCUGGACGUUUGGAGGUUCAGGUGCUAAAGGAUCCAAGCAAAGAGGAAUUUCGUACUUCUCUGGAUGAAGUGCAGCCAAACAUGGUCUUUUUGCAAGGAGAACAACUUCCAAAUGAUGAUGUUGGGUUGCUAGUAUGGAGAGGUCUUACAUUGUCUUCUGAGGAGGCCAUAUGUGGAAUUUUUGGCCCCAAAUUACCAACAACGGUUUAUUUGGAGGUACCAAAUGGAGAAAUGUUGGCCAAGGCUCUUCGCUCAAUGGGAAUCCCAUAUGUGAUAUAUUGGGAUACCACAUUUUCUUGCUUAGCUUCUUGCCAAUUUCGCCAUGCAUUGUUCUCAGUUGUACAAAGUUCGUCUUGCCUGACAUGGGAUGCUUUUCAACUAGCACAAGCUUCCUUUAGGCUCUAUUGUGUCCGGAACAACAUUUUUUGCUCUGAUAACAGCCAAAAGUUUGAUGCUAAGAGAGGUCCUCAAAUUCUUGGAGACCCUCCAAAGGUAGAUUCUCCUUUUCCAGAGAUAGAUGAAGAAAGUUCAUCUGAUGCUCUUCCUUCCAUAAAGAUAUAUGACGUUGACACAAACAUUAGGUUUCUCAUUUGCGGAUUGCCAUGCUCAUUGGACAUGCACCACUUGGAAUAUCUGGAGAAUGGCCUUACUGCCCUAUUGAGCAUAGAGAUCCGAGGUAGCAAAUUGCAUAACAAAGUCAGUGUACUUCCACCACCACUUGAAGCUGGCACACUUACCCGUGGGCUUGUGACCAUGCGAUGUGAUGUAUCAACCAGUAGUUCUGCUCACAUCUCCCUUUUGGUGUCAGGCAGUGCUCAAACCUGCUUUGAUGAUCAGCUCUUGGAGAACCACAUAAAGAGUGAGAUAAUCGAAAAGAGCGUGCUUUUUCUUGCACUUCCAAACGCCAAUGCAAUCGGACCUCCCUUAUGGGGAUCUUGGAGAUCUGCCUCUGUAGCUUGUGGAGCACCAGCUUUUGAAGUUUGCAUGAAGGCCCCUACUUGGGCUUUGCAGGUUUUGAGGCAGCUAGCAUACGACUGUUCAUUUCAUAGUUUUGCAGCACUUGGUAUUGCCAGCAUUCAGGGAUUAGCGGUAGCUUCAUUUGAAAAAGAAGAUGCAGAAAGACUUCUUUUCUUCUGCAAAACACAGGGCAAGACAAGCGGAGGAGAUCCCAACAAUGCUAAGAAGAUCGACACAACUCCAGCCUGGUUAAAACCUCCACCUCCAAGCAGAAAAGUUUUAACUUCUGAUGGCCUUACUGGGCAGCAUCAAGUGUGUAUUAAAAGGCCUUGGAAGCUUGAUAGGAAAAAACCGAGAGCUGAAGCACUUAAGCCCAUCCCUAAUUCUCGCCGCCAAAAGGUUUUUCACUUUUCUGGGAUCUUGGAAGCAGAAGGGCAACUUGGUAAUUUUCCAGGCAUCCAGACAUCAAACCCAGCAAGUAAUUUUGGAGCAGCAGCUGCUACCCCACUUAAAGCAGUCUCAAGCUUUCAAAAGGCUAAGAAAAUGAUAUCUUUGAAUCCCCUUCCUCUGAAAAAACAUGGAUGUGAUAGAAGCCCAAUACAUGUCUGCUCUGAGGAAGAAUUCCUUCAGGAUGUAAUGCAAUUUCUUAAACUGCGUGGGCAUAUUCGUCUUAUUCCUCAAGGUGGACUUGCUGAGUUUCCAGAUGCAGUACUCAAUGCCAGGCGUCUUGAUCUCUUCAACUUAUAUAGGGAGGUUGUUACUAGAGGGGGAUUUCAUGUUGGCAAUGGCAUCAAUUGGAAAGGUCAAAUUUUCUCAAAGAUGCGCAAUCACAGUGUGACCAAUAGAAUGACGGGAGUUGGAAAUACACUGAAAAGACAUUAUGAAACAUACCUUCUGGAGUACGAGUUGGCACAUGACGAUGUAGAUGGCGAAUGCUGCUUGAUGUGUCACAGUGGUGCUGCAGGCGAUUGGGUUAAUUGUGGGAUAUGCAGCGAAUGGGCACAUUUCGGCUGUGAUCGAAGGCCUGGUCUUGGUGCCUUUAAGGAUUAUGCCAAGACGGAUGGGUUAGAGUACAUAUGCCCACAAUGUAGUGUUUCUACUUUCAAGAAGAAAAAUCAAAAGAUUUUGAUGGGAUAUUCUUGAUUCCUAUAACUCCUCAAGGAUCUCUCUCCCCAGCGUAAAGUGUAUCAUUUCCGUUGGGCGUGUUUGGAUUUAACUUUGUCAAAUGAGCAUUUGAAAAGCAGGGUUACUUACUGACAAGUGCUUUCGGAAAAGGUUAAAUGUGAAAUCCAAACUGCUUUCAACACUUCAUCUGCUUCUGGAAGCACUUUCAACUUGGUUACAAGUGGGGCACUAAAUGAGAAGUGAUGCAAAGUCAUUAUGUGGAUCAUAGAUGCGUCAUGGAUAUGAUUGCGGGAUGUGUGUAAAUAUUUUGUAUAUAUAGUUUUAGUAUAUUUGCAAUACGUUUAUGGCAGCUUAUAGUUGUUCUUAUAACAAUGCUAGCUCAGUUCUUUGGCGAUUGCUGUGGUUUGAAUAUCUUAGAAUUCCAGUUUUUUUCGUUUAUGUAGGCGCUGAAGUGUAUUAAAGCUGAGUACUAAACUAUGACUGUAACCGGCCGACACUAAAAAGAAAUUAGGGAGGCCUGAGCGGCUGAGACCAGGUCCUGUAUUUUCAGUUUCAAGCCGGUUAAGGUCCCCUUGCUGGUCCCGGUUUCAUCCUGUAUUAAUUAAUUUUUAAU